GGGAGAGCGAAGAGCCCCACAGAAAAUGCAAAAGCAUAAUGCCAGGCACCAAGGCAUGGUUCGGGCGAACCUACAUACGUAACGUCAAGCAUCGUUCAGAGGAGGCGGAGGCGAGAGAAGGUGGCCAGGCUAGUGAGGGGGCCCCGAGGGGGUCAAAGGAUGGGCUCCACGGGGUGAUUGUUGCGCAGGCCGGCAGGCACGUCACAGCUAGCAGCGCAGCCUUGUUCGAGGCUUGAAGAUGCGGCCCUUGUGCCUGCACUUGCCAAUGUGGUGGCUGAACGGACGAGACGAGCUUCGAGACGGGGAAAGGAUGAGGGGAGGUUGACGUCGUACGAGCGGCGGCGGCGGAUUGCCUAGGUGUCGGACCCAAGAGUUGCUGCCGUCUCGUUCGUCUUAUAAAGAGCGAGACCAAAUCCUCCAGAAAGGGUCUGACAGCCCCGCUGCGUCGCUUCUUCUCAUCCUUCCUCUUCAUCCUCCGCAUCCCUCAACACUCUACGACAUGGGCGGAGCAGUCACUACCUCUGGGUCGCCCAUUGGCCCUACCAACGUAUUCAGCAAGGCCUAUGUGCGCCCUCUCCUCUAUGCGGCCAUCGCCGUUUGGGGUGCUCUCCUCUACGGGUACGAUGGUACCUACUUUGCCUCCAUUCUCGAGAUGGACAAGUUCAAGCUCGACUACGGCUCGCUUCAGUCGGACGGCAAGAUCAACGUCAGCUCCUCGCAAAAGUCCAUUCUCGCCUCGUCUGUCCAGAUUGGUGAAUUCUUUGGUUCCCUCAGCGCCUCGUUCCUCGGUGACUACGCUGGAAGGAGGGGAGGUUUCUUCGGAGCUUGCUUCUUUGUCGCUUUGGGCGUCAUCAUCCAGGUCGCCCCAGCUGGAAACGUCGCUGCGCUUGGUGCUGGACGAGCUGUGCUUGGCAUGGGCGUCGGCAUCAUCUCAAACUGCACAACCCUCUACCUCUCGGAGGUCUCGCCCACUGCUAUCCGUGGUACUAUAGUCUCGAGCUGGCAACUGGUCCUCGCCAUCGGUCAAGUCGUAGGCGCCUGCGUCGGUCAGGGUACCCACACCAUGACGUCGACCUGGUCGUACCGCAUUCCGAUCCUCGUCAAUCUCGGCCUUGUCGCCGUCAUCGUCGGCGGCAUGUUCAUCAUCCCCGAGUCACCCCGCUGGCUCGUACAGAAGAACCGUGAUGACGAGGCCAUGGCUGCCCUGCGCAAAAUCAAUGCCAGUCAGGAGGACCCCGAGCUCGUAGCUGCUACCGAGAUGCGCUCGUUUGUGCAGGCAAGGGACGAGGAGGUUGCCAUGAAGGGACAGUCAGGCUGGAGGUCACUCUUGAACGGCGUUGAGCGUCGCAAGCUCAUUUGUGUCGUGGGUAUUCUGGGAUCCCAGCAGAUUGGUGGUGUUCAGUUCAUCUUCUCAUACACGACUACCUUCUUCGCCGACGUCGGUAUCAACGACGCCUUCCUCGUCACCAUCAUCGUCGAUGUCAUCGAAGUCUUUGGCGUUAUGUGCUCCUUCCUCCUCAUCAACCGCUUCGGCAGGAGACCGCUCCUCAUCUACACAUCAAUCAUCCAGUUCAUCUCCCUCUUCGUCAUCGGAGGCCUGGGCACCGUCGCCAACCGCACGGAGACGCAAAACAACACCAUCGCCGCCAUGAUCUGCAUCUUCGUCUUCUUCUUCAACUUGGCAUGGGGAGGUCUCGCCUGGACCAUCGCUGCCGAGCUUUGCCCAGGUGUCAAUCGCCAGAAGAUCAUGUCACUCGGUACGGCCCUCUUCUGGAUCAUCGCUUUCCUCGUCACCUUCACUCUGCCCUACUUCUACGACGGGCAGGAGGCCGGUCUUGGACCUCAGAUUGGUUGGAUCUACGGCUGUGGUCAGCUCAUCGCGCUGGCCUUCGUUUUCUUCUACACUCCCGAGACGAUUCACCGUUCGCUCGAGGAGAUCUCGGAAAUGCUCGACGCCAAGGUGCCCACCAGACACUGGCCCAGCUACACCACUCGUAUCGAGCAAGGCAUCAGCUCCAAGGGCGCUGGCUCUGAUGAGGAGCUUGGUGACGGGUCCAACAAGCUCGAGAGGAGCAGCAGCGACUUGCGCGAGGACAAGGGCAAGAAGGGUAGCGAGGGCGCAGACCAGGUCAACGCCAACGCUGGUACAGCUGCUACUACCGCUGAUGCGUAGAGUGGUGCGGGCCCAUCAUGGAAGCUUGUAUUCUCAGCGUUCGAUGUACGUACAACCCCUGCAUUUCGCAUCUUGACGAAUGACCAUCUACGAUUAUAGAGCAAUGAGAGCGCGAGGGACGCGAAGUCGACGGUGCCUGAGAGCAACCAACGUGUCGCGGGCCAACGGCGGCAUGGCGGGAACCACUGACCUCCGCAGACAUUGAUUGCCAUGAGAGGAGGAGAGGCGGCUGCUCAUUUGCGGGACGCCCUUUGCUCGCACAUCAAUUGCAAUCUCUCCAUCGCAAUGAUUUAAUCUUUCUU